AAUUCAUUUACGUUCUCUGGUUCAACUUAUUAUCAAAGUUCCACACCAUCAACAUAUAUUAACAGCAGAUGGCGCUGGCAUUAAACAGCGGUAAGCGUUCACAUGUACACCUCUAUUGUGAAUAGCUUACCAGCAAAUAAAAAUCAGCGAAGCAGCUGUUUAUCCCUUUAAAACCUUUUAUUUAUUAAUAAAGUUACUAUUCUUUAAAACAAUAAAAUAUGUCAUCACACGCCGCUACAAAAAUUAAUCAGAAAGAAUAUUUAAAGAAAUAUUUAUCCGGGGAUAAAGUGAAAAAGAAAAAGAAGGACAAGAAACAUAAGAAAGAAUUUGGCGCUGCUAAAGUGAAAAUUAUCGAUGACGAUGUCGCCUAUAGUCAAACGCAGGAGGAAUUCGAUGAGGAACUUAUUUUAGGUGGUGAAGAUGCGCCACAAAUAGUGGCUGAAUACAUAGAAGACGUCAGCAACGCAUCAAAUGCACUAAAGUGGCGCAGUAUAGUUGUGAAGGAUGAGCCUGAGGAGAUUGCUAAUAGUAAGCCACAACAAGAAUUGUGGGGUCCCAAACAAAUAAAACGUAAAAUUAAGGAUGAAUUUUCACCGCCACGUCGUAAUACAAAAAUGGACUUGAAUCAAAGUACACAGUACAGUUCACCUCAAAGACAGAAAAAUGGUGAUAAGGCGUCGCCCAAAUCUGCAAGAAAUUAUACUUCACCGGAGGAAAGAAAAUCUAGAAAAAAUGUGCACUCUCCAUAUGGCCGAGUAGAUAAAGUAAGAAGAUAUUCAUCUGACCAAAGCCCACCAAGAAAAACUGAACACACAUCGAAACAAACGCACAUGAGUAGAAAUCAACGCACACCCGAUAAUAGUCCACCUAGAAGAAGCAAUCGAGAUGGCGAUCCUCAGAGAAGAGGUAAAGAUACUUCUGAUAAAAGUCCGGCGAGAAGAGAUAAUCGAAAUAAUAAAACAUAUAAUGGACGUCAACAUUCAGACCAAAGUCCUAAGAGAAACAAUUCCGCAGUUAAACAUCGUCAGAAUUCGACAAGAAGUCGAUCACCACAAAAAGUCUCGUCCAGAGAAAAAUACCGUUCACCUUAUAGAGAAAUAAAGCAAUCUAGUCGAAAGCAUGCGGCUGGAUCUGCUAGUUCUGACCAAAGCCCGCCUAGAACAGAAACACAGAGGUCCAAAAAAAAUCAUAGAAGUAGAAGUAGAAACGUUAGCCUGAGCCCACAACGCCGUAAUAAACGGAACUCAUCGUCUGAUCAGUCCCCACCAAGGCGAAACAAUUCAGGAAAAAGUAGGAAGCGAAGUAUUUCACCUGCUAGGAGAAACGAAAGAAAUUCUAGUGAUCAAUCGCCUCCAAGGCGUUACGACGGUAAGCGCCAAAAAAACUUUUCCCCCGUUCCCAUAAAACGUGAGAAAAUUUCGCCAAAACGAUCACCAUCAAGACUACGUCAAGUUGCUGCGAAAAAAGAACAACCAUCUUCGCCGCCACAAACACAUAGUCGAUGGACUAAGAUUGUACAAAGAGAUAGCGAUUCUCCACCGCCUACACAUAAGCCAAAAGCAAGUAAAACACUCGACGGUAAGAAAGCUGGUCUGCAAGAUGCCAAAGCGCUAACACAUGAAACCGAAGAACGUCACCGUAGAGAGGAACGCAUGUAUAAUGAAAUGUCUAAAGAAGUAUCUGGACGGGAUGCUGAGGUGCGUGUACGUAGCACGGGUCGAAAGGGACAACGUGCACGUGAUGCUGAAGCAGAAGACCCUGAGGUGCGGAGACGAAAAGAAGAACAUGAGCGCAAGAAAAAAGAGAAAUAUGACCGUUGGGGCAAAGGUUUGAAGCAAGUAGAAGAGUAUCGACAACGCACUGUAGCUGAAAGCUACGAAGGUAGUAAACCGUUAGCGCGCUAUGAGAACGACAAAGAUUUGGAUAAUUAUCUACGAGACCAAGAGCGCGCUGAAGAUCCAAUGUUGGAUUAUAUGCGAAAGAAGAAAAAGGAGCGUCAAAAGGAUCAGGGAUCUUUGGUCGAAAUACCCAAAUACGAAGGCUCAUUUCCAGAGAAUCGAUUCGGUAUACGCCCCGGUUAUAGAUGGGAUGGUGUGGACAGGUCUAAUGGUUUUGAAAAGAAAUGGUUUGAUGUACAAAAUGAGAAACGUGCGCUCCAGGAAGAAGCAUAUCUAUACAGUGUGGAGGACAUGUAAAGGUGAACAUACCUGUGGCGUUGACGUGCCAAUAUAAUUGUUUAAUCAAGGACAAAGACUCAGUGAAAUGGACAUUCCAUAUUGCUGUUUUAAACUUACAUUUCCUAAGAGAAAAAAUAAAACUUUAUUUGAAAAGAAAAAUA